AUGAGCUCCCACAUGGCUGUUGCCACUAAGGAGCGACCUGCCCACAUGAGGCAGAUCAAAAUGGACUUCUGGGAUGGCAUGGAGCACACCUUCAUGAUGUCCAGCAUCAGCGCCAAAGUGCGAACAGCCAUCUGGGAUGCGGUGGCCGAAUACAUCCAAGAACAACUGCUGCUGCGGAAGGGGGUCCAAAUUCCCUCUGUUGGCUCCUUUGAUGUGAUCCCCACAUGCAUCCAGGCUGGGGAUGAGGUGGUGAUUGUCCAGAGGCCCGUGUUUCGGCUGGCCAGGAACCUCGUGGUUGUCCACAGCCUCAGGGACAACAAAGACUACCUGCCUGGCCAUAAGGAGCUGGAGCCCCUGAAAUAUGCCAGGGUGGCCAAGGCUGCUUCUGUGUCCCGGCAGAAAGUGGAGAACUGCAUUCAAGGCACCAUGUCUCUCCUCUCUCACUGCCUGGGAAAGGGGGAGAACGUUGCCCUUGUCCUGAGGGACGUGGGCGUGCUCCUCAUCGAAGGCACGAGGGUACAAAUGAAGUUCUACCUCAGCUUCUUGGAGAGGAUGUCUGGGAAGGAGAACUUUGAGAAAGCUACUUUUAAGGUCCCCCAGCUGCUGGACAUGGUGGUGUCCCCAGUGGUACCUCUGGCCUCUCUGACAUUUUCUGGCCGUCUCAUCAUCUUUCCUGAGUUUGAAAUGUAUGUUGUGCGCAAACCACCACCAAGGAACCCUCCCAGGAGAAACGUUGCUGGUGAGGACAAGGAGAAGAAAGAAGAAGUUUUGCCAGGUCUCAACCAGGACAGAAAAGCGGCAUUUCCUGAACUGUCCUUGCUUGCCUGUUCGACAUUGACUCAAAGUGAAGCCCCACAGCUCCAGGACAUAAAGGAGACGGAGAACAGGGUGAAGUCUUGGCUCAGGCAGCUGCCAGAGAUCCCAGAGCACUCCCCUGGGAAAAAGCAACCUGCGACCAGCACACCCAAGGGCAAAGCCAAGCUCAAAGGCCAAGCGUCGAAGCAGGGCCAAGCGUCGAAGCAGGGCCAAGCGUUGAAGCAGGGCCAAGCGUCGAAGCAGGGCUGA